GCGAACGAGAAGAUGGCGGCGCUUCGGGUGGCGGCGGCUGGGAGCGGGAGAGCCCUGCUGAACACUCCCAGAUCGGUGCAGAGCCCCAGGGCCAAUAUGUCAUUUGCAAGCCUCUCCCGGGGAAAAAAGGUGGCACUGUCUACACUGGGUGUGCUGGCGGCUGGGGGAGCAGGGCUGGCUCUGGCUCUCCACCAGUCGGUGAAGGCCUCUGACCUGGAGCUGCACCCACCUUCCUAUCCCUGGAGCCACAAUGGCCUGCUGUCGUCUCUCGAUCAUACAAGCAUCCGUCGUGGGUACCAAGUGUACAAGCAGGUGUGUUCUGCCUGCCACAGUAUGGAGUACCUUGCCUUCCGUAACUUGGUAGGCGUGUCGCACACAGAGGCUGAGGUCAAAGCUUUGGCUGAAGAGAUUGAGGUGGUGGAUGGCCCCGAUGAGAAGGGAGAAAUGUUUACCCGUCCAGGAAAGCUCUCUGAUUACUUCCCCAAGCCGUACCCCAACCCAGAGGCUGCCCGUGCAGCUAACAAUGGAGCCUUACCCCCCGACCUUAGCUAUAUCGUGAAUGCCAGGCAUGGCGGAGAGGACUAUGUGUUCUCUCUGCUGACGGGCUACUGUGAACCACCCGUAGGAGUUACAAUAAGGGAAGGGCUCUACUACAACCCCUAUUUCCCUGGCCAAGCUAUCGGCAUGGCUCCCCCCAUCUACAACGAGAUUCUCGAGUAUGAAGAUGGAACUCCAGCCACCAUGAGCCAAGUGGCCAAGGACGUCUGUACCUUUCUGCGUUGGGCAGCGGAGCCGGAACAUGACCAGCGUAAACGCAUGGGUCUGAAACUGCUUCUGGGCUCCGCAAUCCUGUUGCCUCUAGUGUACUACAUGAAAAGACACAGGUGGACAGUCCUGAAGAGCCGGAAGAUUGCCUACAGACCACCCAAGUGAAACAACAGACCAGCAACCAUACGCCUCAUUCCUGUCACCGGUUUCACUUCUGAUCAUUCAUGAUCAGUGUUUGUAAAAUACAUAUGUACCAAAUAUGGCUGUCCACAUAAUUUGAUAACUGUUUUUGCUUUUCAAAAAGCUUCCUGUUCCACUGAUGGAAAGAAGCUGAUAGGUGAACUUUUGCUCCAUGUUUUACUGUAAAAACAAAAAUAAUAAAUUAUCAAAGAAGGGAAAACAUUGUUCCUUGGUGGUCUUGAUUCCAUUAGGGGAAGAAGUCAGUUUUGAACUUAAACUGUCAUUUAACAGGUUCUAUACACUUAUGUAAAUACCUGUCAUACAUUGGUAUGCCUAAUAAAAAUAUUAUUCAG